AUGCUGUUCAUUCGUUUUCGUACCCCUCUUCUAAGUGCUAAGCUAUCGAUCCGCAAAUUGUGCCAUGCAAAAGGAACUGGUUUCCCCUACUUCACGACAUAUGCAAACUUAAGCGAUUGGUCUCGUGAAGAUUGCUCAGGUCUUGUCUCAGGACUUAUCAAUGAUGGCAUAUUCCUCAAGCCUGUGCGACUGCCAAACCGAUGCCCCAAGCUAGCCGCACUAAACGAAGAGAGCCGUCACGUAGGCUGUUUCUACUACGAGCGAGCACAGCCACCCCUUCGUCUGGUGUUUUAUAACGACACAUUGCGCAACUCACCUGACCACUGCGUACGUACCUGCCGAUGGGCAGGUUUGACGUUCGCGGGUUUAGCAGAAGGCUCUCUUUGCUACUGUGAUCGACGAUUGCCCGUCUUCAUGCUUCCCUCCUUGCUUUGCGGCACCGUCGCAUGUCCUGGGGAUCCUUCGGCUACGACUUGCGGUGGCGAAACGGCCAUCGAUGUCUUUACUAUCGGCGUUUUUGACUCCCCUAUAUUAGCCUCUUCUCUCGCCACAGUGGCCCCCGUCGUACCAUUGGGCCGUUUGUCUUCGAUUUCAUCUGAGGAGUUUGACAAUGUGAAAAUCGUCUACGUGCUUGUAUUUACAGGUAGAAGUUGGCGACAUGUCCAGAGAAUGUUCCGUCUUCUUUAUCACACCUCAAACUACUUCUACAUCCACGUAGAUUUGAAAAGUGACUAUCUAUACUCUCGGUGCCAAAGCCUAGCCAAACUGUUCCCAAACAACGUGCACGUAGCCUCUAACCGUCAAAAUCCAGUUUGGGGUGCACCCAGUUUGUUGGAUCUCUUGCUCUCCAUUCUGGAAGACCUCUUCUAUAACUUUCCCCACUGGAAGUGGGACUUCUUCAUCAACCUUAGUGAAACUGAUCUGCCAGUGAUGCCAGUUGAAACACUGGUGCGCCUGCUUGACUCCCACCGCGGACGGAUAUUUGUGAAACAGACGGCUGAAGAGAUAUUUAAAUACAUUCACUCCGAAGGUCUACAAUAUGCUUUUGUCCAAUGCGGGAAUUACGUGUGGCGGGCUGGUGUACGUCCUCCGCUGAACGGAGUAGUCAUCCAUGGGGGUUCUGAUUGGCUGGUACUGCCACGCGAUUUCGCCUUCUACACCGUUUUUGGUAAUGAUGAUCUCGUGCGAGGUCUUAGAAUUUGGUUCCGGAAUGCAAUUCUCCCGGUGGAGAGUUUUUUUCACACUCUUGCGUACAACUCCCACUUCUGCGAGAGGGUUAUCAAUGCCAACCUUCGGCUUACCAAUUGGCAACGUCCACAGGGUUGCAGCUGUAAGAAGACCACCGUUGCUGAUUGGUGUGGCUGCUCACCCUCCGUGUUUUCCGGUCCACAGGCUCUACUUCGGCUCCACGAGGCGCUGAAUGUUGCUGAUAGCCCAAUGGCCUUUGGAAGAAAGUUCGACUCGACAAUCGAUGUUGCUAUGGUGAACUACAUGGAAGGAAGGCUGUUAGGAAGAAAACUACCAUCUGACGAAAACAUCGAUCUUUAUCUCGAAUCGAUUUUUUCAUCAGAAUUUGAUGAAAAGAGGGUACCUUUACAUGUACGAAAUGGAAUAAAUAAUUUGAUCAAGGUGGCAUGCGAAUUCGUUAAACCCCUUGAAACGAACUGCUAUUCGUAUCAUGCUUUCGGCGCAAAUGAUCUCCCAUCACAGCAAGUGGAUGUUUUUGCUCUAUUCAACGCCACUGAAACACUCGGUGGGCUGAAUUAUACACAUCUGGGCAUUCAACUCGAUCACAAUGGCUUUCUGCCCAGGAAAGUGGUAAGCUCAACGUUGCCCCUGCGCCUACUCCACCCUCCUAAUUUGGUGCUUCGUCUGCCCUUUGUGGAAGUGCUCUUCCGACCUAACUAUACCUCUACGCAGGCCUGGAUCUCUCCUCGCCCCCUGGAGAUCCUGAGUCCCGCUGAGCUCUUCUACUUUGAGAUUGGGUUUGGUUUCGAUGUAAAGGAACUGGUCUUCCGCAAUUACCAUCGAUUUACACCGUCCUCGCAAGACGCUGCCCCUUUGACUCUCUUGGCGAUUUGGCGUGAUAGCAAGGAGAGUGUCACACCUCUGAAGGUCCGCCUGUUCAAGUCCGAGAUAGAAUCAGCUGCCUGCGACUUCACUGUUCCGAGAAGCAUUCUUAAAGACGCUCCAUAUCCUGGUUUACCGGGCUUUCGUGCGUCUUUCAUCGAACUUGACCUCGUCCGCUGUGCCAACGGAAGGAGUGGUGGUGUGUGGAAGAUUGCAGUAGAGGACAAGUGGGCGAGUUUUGGUAUGGGUCAAGUUGAAAAAACCAUCUGGAAGGUGGCUGACAUCUGCGGAGCCUGGGUGGGAAUGCAGUGUAGUAAAAGGGUUUGGAGUUCUGUUCGAAUAGACCGAAAAUCCACUCUAGGUCAAUUUGAUGCUGCCACAGGAUCCUUGCAACUUGGCGAGUCGGUUUCGAGCAAUCCCAUUGGCUGUCUUGAGUGGGAGCGUAGCCAAUGCACACCUGGCCGCGUGCUGAUGACAUUUAUUGUCCUCUACAUCAUGUAUGGUAAGACCAACCCUGAGGAUAACCAAAUUCCCUUGGGUAUCAUGCGUGAGGCGAAAGAGUGUUCGAUAGAGCGCUCAAAAGAGGGUCUUCGAGAUUUUCUCGUGAGUUUGGAGCAGCCGUUGAUGCACUCCGUGUUUGACUCCCUGCCUUGCGUGGUGGGCCUUCCACGCCACGUCUUCCUCAACAGGCUGGCAAGCAUCGGGGAAUUCGUAGCCAGACAUCGAAAAGUUGCGACAGUGAGUGUUAUUGAGGCAAAUCUCAGUGUGAUCAGUGAUUUCAUCGACGAAGGGGCUGUUGCGAGCGCCAGCAAGCGAGUUGAUACUUUAAAAAGAGUGGAAGCGCUGAGACAACUCUGUGAACUAGCGAACACACCUCGACGGUUGAAGGAUUUCGACGAGUGGACAAAGCAUCACACUACUCAGUUACACAACGCUCUUAUCUUCUGCCUAAAUGCGGAGAACCCAUUGAUUGUAGAAGAGGUUUCCCUUACGAUCGCUUUUCUGGCACGAAAACUCCACUUCUCCCUGCUCAAGGCGGCAGAAACGCUCAUUACUGCUUUAGUGACAAUGAUAGCAGUUGCCAUGGGCCCUACGGAGAGUCAUGUAGAGCAACUGCGAAAAGCUCUGGAUUUUCACACGGCGAUGGAGAUUGCUAAGGCGAGGACACUGGAGUUCCACUUCCCUCGUCUCAAUUAUGAAUUCGGAGAGCCCAAAUUUCGUCCCAUUGGCUAUGCCUACUACGCAUUGGCGGACUUCCUCUACAAUGUCCCACAUCCCUUCUUGAUUCACUAUUUUCAGUGCCGCAUUCUACGUCGAAAAGAAAUAACGAGGAAGCAUCUCUUCAAAGUCCUCUUUGCGGUGAUUGAGAAUAUGGCGGAGUUAGAGGACGUUGCCAAGAAGCACUGUCCACGAGUUGAGAAACCGAAACCACAGAUGGUGGAAAAACCUCUUCCCGGCGCUGGGAUUUUCAAACCUAUCCUUGGCACGGUUGCCAAUGCAUUUCCAAAACCGUCUUCAAUGAAACAGGAAGCAACAGAGGAGGCGGAAGAGGAAUCUGAGACGUGGAUGUACAAACCGGAGGUGUAUCGCAAAGAGCAGUGGGAGACACUGCCCUCUAAGUUAUACAUUGAGAUGCUGCGCGCCUACCAUGAUCGUAAUUCAGAGAACCGAAACAUCAUUGCCAACAUCAUGACGGUUCUGAGGUCGAUUGCUCAUAUAAAACUGCCCGCAUUGGACUUAACAAGUGGGAAUAAGCUGGAAUACCUGAAGGGUGACUCAGUUGACAGGUUCAGCAAGCGGAUUCGUAUUGCUACACCGAAGUUGGUGGGCAGAGGAAGUGAAGAGGUUGAGGUGGAAGCAGAAGUGGAGGGGAGCACAAUUCAGGGGGCCUUGAAAAGGAGAGACAGUCAUGACAUGACGUCGCUAGAGGCGGUUCCUUCAGGAGAGGGAGAAGAGGUGUCCCCAACGUUGCUUGACCAAAAUAGGGAGACUGAGGGCGGGAGUGGCAGGGAUGAUUAUGAGGAUGAAGGUGCUGGCGUUGGCGCUGGUGACAGUCAGAGUGAGUCGGCUAGCUACCGAAGCGAUCCGGAGACCAUGCGAGCCAUUAAUCGACCCACAGUACUCCUCUCCCGUCCGCCUAAGUUAAGCAAACUAAAACUAUGA